GUGGGUGCGCAUGUGUGUGGGAGAUUCCUCACCUUGUGCUUCUGUGAACUUUGGUGAUUUAAAGGAAAUUGUCGACCACAUUUUCUCACUUAAAUCAUCACAAUGUGCAUGCGUGCGUGUGUCAUCUUUUAAAUGUGAGCCGUCGCAGACAAGUCAACACUUGACCUGCUUCACAUCAGCAUCACCAUCGGCACCAAGUCAGGAAUUGAACCUGGAACGCACAUGCACAUGCACCAGAGUUGAGUUGAGGAUGGCUGCCAUGGCGAGAGCGAUGCUCGGAGUGUGCGUGUACUUGUGUGUAUGUCGGGUCAGGACCUCUCAUGUGCCCCCAAGGAUGAACAGAAGCAUUCAGAACCUACUGCAACUCUAUAAGAUUCCGCCCAAAGAACGUUUUAACGGCCGACCCGUCUUCUCCAGAGAACUUCUGGGCACCAAGAUGGAGGCCAGGGACAUGCUGAUGUCGGCGGUGCUGCAGACAUAUGAGGAACUGCUAGGAAACAUGUUGAAGCAGCUGUCAGACCCGACGGCGUGGACCACCGGCGCUACCGCGACGUCCGGCGCCAGCGCCAGCGACCGCGAUCCCGUUCCAAGCGUGGAUGCUCGGGCCGAGCUGAGCUACCUCCUGAGGCGCGUGCAGGAUCUGAGGAAGUACCGAUACCAGGCCCAGGAGAAAGUACUUGAUGGACUCGGCAAGCUCCAACACAUUCAGAUGGACAACCUGGUGGUCCAGAGCAAAGCAUUGUGGGAGCUUCCUUGGCUGUACGAGGAAGCCAGCGCAUUGGUGGAGAGCGGCCGAGAGCGCCGUCGGCGCCGCCGGAGGCAAACGCUGCGACGCCCGCAAACAGUGACCUCAUCCACAUCCAAUCCGAACUGACUUUAUUUAUUACAAAGCUCAGACACACACACACACAGUGUGUGUAGUUAUUUAUGAUGUUAUUUUAAGCUUUAGUUGUCAUUAUUUAUGAGGUAUUUAUUUCACGGAACAUAAUAAAGAUGCUAUGGUUUUA